AUGACGAGAGCUCAGAGCGCUGACAUGAACACUGCAGCUGUUAUUGUGUCUCUGCAGCUCUUCAUUCAGACAGCAGCAGCCACAUACAGCCUGGUGUGUUAUUUCUCCAACAUGUCCCGUUACAGGACAGGUGUAGGGAAAUAUCUGCCUGACAACGUUGAUCCUGUGCUCUGCACUCACCUGGUUUAUUCCUAUGCCAUCAUCGACCACGAGAACAAGCUCGCUGAGUCGGAGUGGAAUGAGAAAAACGUCUACAGGUCGUUCACACGCCUCAAACAGAGAAACUCUCUGCUGAAGACGUUACUGUCAGUCAGAGUCAACGAGGACCGAGCUCGGUUCUCCAUCAUGGCGUCCUCAGCUGAACGCCGUCAGAGGUUUGUCCGGUCAUCUGUCACGUUCCUGAGGACUCACUGGUUUGACGGUCUGGAUCUAGAUGUGGAUCAGAGUGGAUCUGAUGGAGGUUCAUCCGACGACGUACAGCGGCUCGUUCUGCUCUGUAAGGAGCUGUCUGAGGCCUUUAGAACAGAGAGUGAUGGAGAUGGACGACUCGUCCUGUCUGCAGCCGCGUCACCGUCUUCACCUGUUAACGACCGACACAAUGACCUGGCAGAGAUCUCACAGUUCCUUGAUUUCAUCAGUGUGAAGACGUUUGACUUCGUCAGUGGUGAGGACGCCGUAACCGCUCACCACAGCCCGCUCUACUCUCACAACGCCAGCAGCAUCGACGGCGUCGUCACCUCGUGGUUGCAGCGAGGCGUCCCUGCAGAGAAGCUGUUGUUGGGUUUUCCCGCUCACGCUCGCUCUUUCACCCUCUCCAGUACAGCAGACGGCAUCGGGGCCCCCGUCAGCGGCCCCGCCAGCCCCGGGCCCUACACCCAGCAAAGCGGGGUCUGGGCUUAUUACGAGACGUGCUCCUUUCUCAGAGGAACAUCAGCUCGCUGGCUCGACACCCAAAAAGUUCCCUUUGCUGUUAAAGGCAGCCAGUGGGUGGGCUUUGACAACCAGAGGAGCUACAGCACUAAGGUGGAUUAUCUGAGGAGCCGGCGGCUCGGAGGAGCGGCUGUGUGGACUUUGGAUAUGGACGACUUCUCCGGAGAGUUCUGUGGCGAGGGCAGAUAUCCUCUGAUCUCACGUCUGAAAUCUGAACUCAGAGACGAAUUGACAACAAAGGAGACCCCUCUUUCCUCUCCUCCCUCCCCCUCUGUCUCCUCGUCCACUGGGGGGACACCGCCGUCUCUCACCCCCUUGCCGUCUCACACUGGCUGUCUCCUGAACAUCACUCUGGAGCUUCCCAUUAGCAGAUUCUGCACGCGGCGAGCUGACGGGCUGUACCGGAGCUGGGCACGCGCAGACACCAUCUUCAGGUGUGUGCGGAGGAAGACGUAUGUCACACGGUGUCACGGCGAGGAGACGCAGCAGGGCAGCAGCACAGAGGCAGCUACGGCGUCACCGACCGUGGUUACCGUCAGCUUAACUCUCAGUCAUGUGUUAGGAGUGUGGACGAUCAGCUGA